CUGUUUCUCACACUUUCUCGUCUAACGAAAUACCAACACGUUAAAGCUUCUGUAAUCGGAAAAAAUGGCUGGAGGUAUCGGAAAAUGUAGCAAGAUCCGACACAUUGUGAAGCUAAGGCAAAUGCUUCGGCAAUGGCGUAACAAGGCGCGAAUGUCGUCUGUCAGACGAUCUGUGCCGUCAGAUGUACCGUCAGGACACGUGGCGGUUUACGUUGGGAGAAGUUGCAGGAGAUUCGUGGUGCUUGCGACGUAUCUGAACCACCCCAUUCUUAUGAAUCUCUUGGUUAAGGCUGAAGAGGAGUUCGGUUUUGCUAACCAGGGACCGUUGGUUAUCCCGUGUGAAGAAUCGGUUUUCGAGGAAUCGAUUCGGUUUAUAACUCGGUCAAGUCGGUUUACUUGUACCGAUGAUUUAAAGAAGAAUCGCCACGGUGGUAUUAGGAGCAAGCUGGAUCUAUUGAUGGAAUCUCGGCCGUUGCUUCACGGCGUCUCCGAGAAGGCUAUCAUCUGGUGACCGGAGAGACAAUCGUCAUUUAAUUCCGACCCGGUUUGAUUCGGUACAAAUUUACUCGUAAUUGCAGAGUUUUGAAUAAUCGGCUGAUUCAAUCGGGUUCGGGUUAGUAAUUCGAGUACACGGUGGGGGAUACGCAGGAGAUGGCCGUGAAAUGUGGGAUGAUUCGUUCCACCUGAGUCGUCCCGAGUUCGAAUCCACAAUUUCCAUUAAAUUUAUUUAUUUAUUGUAUUUUCUCAUAAAAUUCAUUUAAUUAUUUUAUUUUAUGUUCCUUUGGAUCAAAAUUAUUUUUCUGAUUGACUACGUUUGUAGCCUAGCAUUUGUGUUGUAGUCACCAUCCGAACACAAAACAACAAAAGAGAGAUUUAUUUCUGAAACACUUAUGACUUAUCUUCA